AAGGGUUUCAUAACCAUAAUAUAUAUAUUUUUUUUUAUAUUUUCAAUAGGAAGGAAAAUGGCUUUUGAAAAUAUUGCAAUGGGAACUUUUUUCUUGUCCCAGAUUACAGUUGGAAUGCUUGGCAAUUCCUCGAUACUAUUUCAUUAUGUUGUCCUGAUAUCCACUGGAAAGCACCUAAUGGCCAAAGAUAUGAUUAUGAAACAUUUGACUUUUGCCAACUGCCUGUCUCUCAUCGCAAGAGGCAUUCCUCAGACACUGUCAGAUUAUGGAUUUAAAGAUUUCCUAGAUGACAUCGGGUGUAAAUUGGUCGUGUAUAUUUUCCGAAUAACAAGGGGGGUGUCCCUGUAUGCCAUGUGCCUACUGAGCUGCUUCCAAGCAAUCACAAUCAGCCCCAGGAAUUCCAGGUGGAUGAACCUUAAACACGGAGCCGCCAAGUACACCGGUCCCUCCUGCUCCCUCGGCUGGCUUGUGAACCUGCUUCUAAAUAUCAUGGCUCUAGCAAGAGUGUCAGGCCCCCGUCACAAGGAAAACGUCACCGACAGGAUGAGCUAUGAGUACUGUUCAUGGUCUACCUCGGGUAAUUUAGCAACCUCACUAUACAUGUUCUUACUCUGUUUCUCUGAUGGGCUGUGUCUGGGUCUCAUGCUUUGCUCAAGUGUCUCCAUGGUGACCAUCCUCUACAGACACAAGAGACAGGUCAAGUAUAUCCACAGUGCUCAGCACCCUCUAAAAGUGUCACCUGCAGACAGAGCGACACAAACUGUCCUCAUCCUGGUGUGCACGUUUGUCAUGUCUUACUCAUUCUCUUCCGUUAUGGUCAUCUUUACUACCUACUCCAAAUAUCCGAUGCUAUGGCGAGUUAGUUUAUUUACAUUUCUAGAAAUAUGCUUUCCCAUAUUUUGCCCCUUUGUUCUCAUCAGCAAAAUGAAGUCUAGUUUUUGCCUUUACGUUCCCUUCUCUCAUAGAAGAUAG